AUAUAGUUACAUUAAUUCUGUUCUUUUCCUCUUGUGCCGCGGAGUUAUUCAUGCGGUCAUAUCUUCUUCGAUAUCUGUUUCUCUAUCCUUUAAAAUGAUCUCCGGGUGUUUUUUCCCUAUUUUCGCACUUUGCAUGACUUUGAUUUCAGCAGAAUCAACAACGCAUAUGUCAGUUCCGUAUCUCAGUGAUGACUACAUCAACCACAUCAAUUCAAUUCAAAAUUCGUGGACGGCGGGUAGAAAUUUUGAGGACUCUCCCGAGAGUGUCAAAAGAAUUAAAGCGAUGCUCGGUGAGCUGCCUAUGGGCAAUCUGAGCGAAUCUCUUGCUCUGCCGGUCAAAACUGAAGAUCCUGAGUGGCCGUCGGAUGACGAUGUGCCGGCUACCUUCGACGCGCGGGUGCACUGGAAGAAAUCGUGCCCGAGGAUUUCAGAAAUUUGGGAUCAAGGCAACUGCGGCUCGUGCUGGGCAGUUGCUGGUAGCUCAGCAGUCACAGAUCGUUACUGCAUCAGCUCGAAAGGCAAGUUUCAAGAUCGGAUGUCGACUCAGCACCUCUUCUGUUGUUCCAAAUGUGGAGAGGGAUGCAUGGGAGGAUAUUCUGCCUUGACUUGGGAAUUUUUCAAGAAAGGUCUGGUCACGGGCGGCGGAUUUGAUUCAAAGGAAGGUUGCCAGCCCUACGAAUUCCAGCCCUGCAACCACUUUGAAAAUAACAGUCCACUUCCCAAGUGCUCCAACCUUCCUGUCCCGAUAGGUCGUUGCAAACAGAAGUGCACCAACAAAGGCUACGAAUUACCCUUCAAGAAAGCCAAGAGGAGAACAAAGAACAACUACACUUUAAAAACCAUCAAAGACAUCCAAAAAGACAUAAUGACUCACGGACCGGUCACGAUGGCUUUUGUUGUGUAUGAAGAUUUCUUAAGCUACAAAUCAGGCGUGUACGAGAGACUGAGUAUGGAGGGACUUGGAAGACAUGCUGUCAGGGUAAUCGGGUGGGGAACGGAGCGCGGUCUGCCGUACUGGCUCAUCUUGAAUUCAUGGAACGAAUACUGGGGGGACAAUGGACAAGUGAAGGUCUUGAGAGGAUCAAACCAUUGCGAGAUUGAAAGCAACGUCAACGGUGGAGUGCCUAGACGCUACAAAUAAACUCUGGUUUGAAGCCGUUUUUUGAAAGAGCAACUGGAAACUCCGACUUCAUCGAUGAUACUGACAGUGAAGAGGGGGGGCAUGGUGGCAUGUUCCCGCCCCUAGGGGGCUCGGACCCCCCUCACUCCUGGGAGUGUCCCCCCUGAACUCCCCCACUCGACAUCAACAAGUGCCCCCCUCCGGUCACUCCGGAUCUGCCAUUGUAUACUGAGGAUUGUGGGACCCGUGGACUCGAUUGUAAUUCACUUACAAUGAUGAGUGAUUGAUGUUCACUACCUGAGGCGUCGAUGCCUCAAUUUUCAGAUAAAAUUCUACAUCCGCAAAAUUCCGAAAGUAAAUAAAAUGAGGCAUUAAGUACAGGAGGGGAAUCUUUUGGUUGCUUGCUCAGAAUUUCCACCGAUAAUUUAUAUUUGAGAGAGGAACGAAUGCAAGAAUUGUCUACAAUUUUUAGCUUUCAAUAUUGUAAAAUCAAAGAGAAAAUGCAGAAUAAGUUGAAAUUCUGAAAUCAUCAAAACACGAUUAUGUGACGAGCACUAUAAACCUGUUCGAAUUAUUUAUUUUUAUGUUCAAAUUUUUUUCUGUUCAUUAAACACAAUACAAAUUGGUUUUUCCACAAGUUCAUGUAUAAAAAUGAAUGAAAACAAUAUAGAUUACUUUUACUAACCUCAAAA